UUGUGCACGUCUUUAACGAUGUGGAAAGCCGACCAAAUUAUAUUCUCUGGCAUAUCCCAUCUUGACGUCAACUGAUGGCGAAGCCACCAAGAAAAUGGGCAAUUCAAAGCCAAUAUCUCUGCAAAAGGAGUAAUAUAGAGCAAUCCCAUUACCAAGAAGUUGAUCGGAUUGAUUUAACAAAAGGUAUAGAGAAGUGGGCGGCCGGUCUUUGCCGGAGAAUUGAAUUGACCGUCUGUCUGUUAGGGUGGUCAAAAGCCAUAUGGGGUCUUCAAUUGCUUGAUAAUUUGAAACCUCCCCCCCACCCAAUUUGUAUGCGUGAGUUAUUGGUGCAGCAGUUGGAAUUGGCGAGAGGGAGGUGUGUUCAGAAUGGGAAAUUUGUAGAGAAAUUGGUAACAGAGGGUGUUUUGCUUGAACUCCAGGAUUGAGGUAACGAUGAUGAUGUCUGAAUGCAGUUGUUGGUGUUGGACAAGUGUCUUUUGUGGUACAAAUGGGGGGGAGGAAGUUUUUACUGAGUACUCUUCCGAGCCAUUUCAGCUCCCUGCGCCUCUUCCAGACUGGCCUUCGGGCACAGGAUUUGCAACGGGAAGUAUCAGUUUGGGGGAAAUUCAGGUUGCUCAGGUGUGCACAUUUGAAAAGGUGUGGAGUUGCUAUGAAGGAGGGGACGGCGAUAAGGGGGCCACUUUCUAUAAGCCAACCAAUUUACCAACAGGCUAUUUCAAUUUAGGCUAUCUUGGCCAGCCUAACCGUACAACUCUGGAUGCAUGGGUUUUUGUGGCCAAGGAAACCGAUAAUUCUGCAGAUUUAUCAUGUCAAUGUAAUCAAUCUUGUUAUGCAUUGGAGCCCCCUACUGUCCCUCUAAUAUUUACGAAGGACAGCAAAGAGUUUUUUCCUCAAAGAGGAUCACACUCAGCACUUGCUAAGCCACUGAAUUAUACUUUAGUUUGGAGUAGUGACUCCUGGAGUGGUGACCAAGAUGGAUAUGUGUACUUUUGGUUGCCUUACCCUCCAGAGGGUUACAAGGCCUUAGGUUUUGUUGUCACAAAUACAGGAGAUAAACCCUCAGUUGAGGAGGUGAGGUGUGUUCGGUCAGAUCUAACAGAAGAAUGUGAAAUUGAUACUCUAAUUUGGAGUACAGAUUCAACUUUUGACAAAUUUCCUUUCGGUGCAUGGAAUAUCAGGCCAAAAGAGCGUGGAAUGCAAGCAAAAGGUGUAUGUAUAGGGAGUUGUUACUGUAGCGAUUCUUUAAAUUCAGAGGAAAUUUUCUCUCUUUCCUGUUUGAAGAAUGUAACUUAUGAUCUAAGUGCAAUGCCAAAUCUGAACCAGAUUCAUGCAUUAGUCCAACAUUAUGGACCCACUAUUUAUUUCCAUCCAGACGAGGUUUACUUACCUUCAUCAGUAGAGUGGUUCUUUGAGAAUGGUGCACUGCUGUAUGAUGGAUCUUCCCAGACUGCUGAGCCAAUUACUACCGAUGGUUCAAAUCUACCCCAAGGGGGCUCAAAUGAUGGUAAAUACUGGCUGGAUUUGCCUAAUGAUGGAAGAGCAGGUAAAGUCAAAAAGGGUAAUUUGGAGAGUGCCGAGGUAUAUGUGCAUGUUAAACCCAUGUUAGGAGGAACAUUCACUGAUAUUGCAAUGUGGAUUUUUUGCCCUUUCAAUGGACCGGUUACUGCAAAGAUUGGGGUGUUCAAUCUACCUUUUGAAAGAAUUGGAGAGCACGUUUCCGAUUGGGAGCAUUUCACUCUAAGGAUAAGCAAUUGCACUGGAAAGCUAUGCAAAAUGUAUUUCUCUCAGCACAGUGGAGGUGAGUGGGUCAGUGCCCCAGAUUUGGAAUACAUUGAAGGUAACAAGGCAACAGUUUAUUCUUCGAAAAGUGGGCAUGCAAGCUUUCCUCAUGCAGGUGAUUUUCUUCAAGGGAACUCAAAACGUGGGUUGGGUAUAAGGAAUGAUGCAGCCCGAAGCAAGUACUCCCUUGAUGCAAGCCUCAAAUACAAAAUAGUUGCAGCAGAGUAUAUGCACUCGCUUGGAGCAAAUGACCUUCCCCUAGAGCCAUCCUGGUUGGGGUACAUAAGGGAAUGGGGUCCUACAAUUGUGUAUGAUUCACGAGCUGAGAUUCGUAAAUUAGUCAGAUUUCUUCCUGCUAAAAUCAGACAUGCUGUAGAGGACAUUUUUAAUAUGCUUCCAAAUGAGCUUGGAGGCGAGGAAGGACCAACAGGACCCAAAGAAAAGGACAAUUGGGAGGGUGAUGAAAGAUCGUGAAAUGGUAUUUUUUCGAAAAAUUGAAGAUUGCUAGUGAUGACAAACAGCAGUAUUUGUUGUUUCCUAUCAUGCAUUUGCCAAUGUUAUAGAAAUGCUGGCUCACAUGUAUUAUUAGUCAACAAACUUGGUUUUGUUUGAAGGGAUUCAACCUGAUGUACAUAUUUGUUUUUCCUGUUACUAAGAAUUUUAACUUCCAGUUCA